UCCCUUGCUCAAAAGAUAAAUUGCUGUCGAUGUAUUGAGAGAGCAAAAAAACUUAUAUACAUCUCUCACCUCUCUGGUGCUGUCAGACUACUAGUAACUGCACACACACACAAAUAGAGAAUUUGAACAGAAAAAAACCCGAAUAUAACAUAAACUCUUGUUUUCGGACUCUCAUUUUGAUUUCUUGGUGUGUUUGUUUUUUCUUCUACUCUUAAUUCUUGAGUUCAUUCAAGAAGUCGUUCAAGGAAAUGGAAAACAUUCUGCAUUUCGUGAUUGGAAUUUUUGGCAAUGCUUUUGCUCUGUUCCUCUUCUUGGCACCAUUGAUCACAUUCAAGAGGAUCAUAAAGAAAAGGUCUACAGAAGAGUUUUCAGGCAUACCUUAUGUAAUGACCAUGCUCAACUGCUUACUUUCCGCAUGGUACGGUAUGCCUUUUGUGUCACCUAACAACCUGCUAGUGUCGACUAUCAACGGAACGGGUGCUGCAAUCGAGUCUGUAUAUGUGCUGAUCUUUCUCAUAUUUGCAUCGAAGAAGGAAAAGGGCAAGAUCUUGGGACUGCUUACACUUAUUCUGAGUGUUUUUGCAGUUGUUGCAUUUGUUUCCCUCUUUGCUCUCCAUGGCAAACACCGGAAACUUUUCUGUGGUAUUGCAGCCACUGUCUUCUCCAUCGUUAUGUAUGGCUCGCCUUUGACAAUCAUUAGGCUAGUUAUCAAAACGAAAAGCGUGGAAUUCAUGCCAUUCUUCUUGUCGUUAUUCGUGUUCUUAUGUGGUACUUCCUGGUUUGUCUUUGGCCUGCUUGGAAAGGACCCUUUUGUUGCUAUUCCCAAUGGUUUUGGCAGCGGAUUAGGAACAGUGCAACUGAUUUUAUAUGCCAUUUACCACAACAACAAAGGGGAGACGAAGAAACCCCGUGCUGACGAAUCCCUCAAGAUGGAGUUGAGCAAUGGCGAGAAGCCAUCCAACACGCAAGAUGAACGAGUGUAGACUUGAAAAUGCAUGUUAAUUUGAACUACAAUAUUGUGACUUCUGUGCCACAUUCCCACUUCUUACUGCAUUGAGUUUGUAUUUCUGUAAUUUUCCUGCUGAUAAUGCCAUUUAGGCCUGUCUUUCUGCUGUUAUUCUAUUUCAGUUCAAUAUCAAUGAAUUCUGUGACUUCACUUAA